ACGUCAGGAAAAACUAAAAAGCAUUUGUUUGUUUUAUUUUUGUUCUUACACUAGGUUAUCGCCUUGGAAGGCAUAAGUUUUUCAUUUGACUUCGGAAUAUUACAAGCGGCAAAUCACCAUCAUGAGUGGCGACUCGGAGAUGUCUAUUUUUGGCGAAGCUGCCAAGUACCUGCGCAAGUCGGAGAAGGAAAGAUUGGAAGCACAGAGUCGGGCCUUUGACGCCAGAACUGCCUGCUUUGUGGACGAUGACAAGGAGCUCUACGUUAAGGGCGUCAUCCAGAGUAAGGAGGGUGGCAAAGUCACUGUCAAAACUGAGGAUAACAGAACAGUGACCGUGAAGGAUAACCAGGUUUACCCACUGAAUCCUCCCAAGUUCGAUAAAAUUGAGGACAUGGCAAUGAUGACCCACCUGAACGAGCCUUGUGUGCUGUAUAACCUCAAAGAGCGUUACGCAGCCUGGAUGAUUUACACAUACUCUGGUCUUUUCUGCGUCACUGUCAACCCGUAUAAGUGGCUGCCUGUGUACAAUCCCGAGGUUGUUGCUGCGUAUAGAGGCAAGAAGCGCAUGGAGGUGCCUCCACACAUUUUCGCCCUGUCUGACAACGCCUACCAGUUUAUGCUGACUGACCGUGAAAACCAGUCUAUUUUAAUCACUGGAGAAUCUGGUGCUGGAAAGACUGUGAACACGAAACGUGUCAUCCAGUACUUUGCCAGCAUUGCGACAUCUGGAGACAAGAAGAAGGCCGAGUACACUAGCAAGAUGAAGGGAACUCUGGAAGAUCAAAUCAUCCAGGCCAACCCUCUGUUAGAAGCCUUUGGUAAUGCCAAGACAGUGAGAAAUGACAACUCCUCACGUUUCGGCAAAUUCAUCAGAAUUCACUUUGCAGCAUCAGGCAAACUGUCUUCCGCUGAUAUUGAAACAUAUUUGCUGGAAAAGUCAAGAGUUACAUUUCAACUGUCGUCUGAAAGAAACUACCACAUUUUCUACCAACUGACAUGCAACAAAAAACCGGAACUCAUUGAAAUGCUUCUUAUCAGUUCCAACCCUUAUGACUUUACCUACAUCAGCCAGGGUGAAGUUGCUGUGAAGAGUAUUGAUGAUGCAGCAGAGCUGAUGGCCACCGAUGAAGCCAUUGACAUUCUUGGUUUCAGUGCUGAUGAGAAAAAUGGUAUCUACAAGCUCACUGGCGCUGUGAUGCACUAUGGUAACCUGAGGUUCAAGCAGAAGCAGCGUGAGGAGCAGGCUGAGCCUGAUGGCACUGAGGUGGCUGAUAAAGCAGCUUACCUGAUGGGCCUAAACUCAUCUGAAUUUCUCAAGUGUUUGUGCUACCCCAGAGUGAAGGUUGGGAAUGAGUAUGUCACUAAGGGACAGAGUGUCCAACAGGUGUAUAACUCCGUUGGUGCUCUGGGCAAGUCUGUCUAUGAGAAGAUGUUCUUGUGGAUGGUGAUCCGUAUAAACCAGCAGCUGGACACUAAACAGGCCAGGCAGCAGUUCAUUGGAGUUCUGGAUAUUGCUGGCUUUGAGAUUUUUGAUUUCAAUACAUUGGAACAGCUGUGCAUCAACUUUACCAAUGAGAAGUUGCAACAGUUUUUCAAUCAUCACAUGUUUGUACUGGAACAAGAAGAGUACAAGAAAGAGGGAAUUGAUUGGGAGUUCAUUGACUUUGGCAUGGACUUGGCUGCCUGCAUUGAGCUCAUUGAAAAGCCAAUGGGCAUUUUCUCCAUCCUUGAAGAGGAGUGCAUGUUCCCCAAGUCUACAGACACCUCCUUCAAGAACAAGCUCUAUGACCAGCAUCUUGGAAAAUCUGCCUCUUUCCUGAAACCCAAGCAUGUCAAAGGCAAGGCUGAGGCCCACUUCUCCCUGGGGCAUUACGCAGGCACAGUGGACUACAACAUCAGUGGCUGGCUUGAGAAGAACAAGGACCCCCUGAAUGAGUCUGUUGUGCAGCUGUACCAGAAAUCCUCUUUGAAACUCCUAUCUUUCCUGUACUCCAGCUAUGCUGGUGAUGAUGCUGGUGCUAAAAAGGGAGGAAAGAAGAAGGGAUCAUCAUUUCAGACAGUGUCUGCACUUUUCAGGGAAAAUCUUAACAAGCUGAUGUCUAACUUGAAAACAACUCAUCCUCACUUUGUGCGCUGUUUGAUUCCUAAUGAAACUAAAACACCAGGUGCUAUGGAGAACCACCUUGUAGUACACCAGUUGAGGUGUAACGGUGUGCUGGAAGGAAUCAGAAUUUGCAGGAAGGGAUUCCCAAGCAGAAUCCAAUAUGGGGACUUCAAACAAAGAUACAGGGUCCUAAAUGCAAGUGCUGUGCCUGAAGGUCAGUUCAUGGACAACAAGAAGGCAUCUGAGAAGCUGCUGGGUUCCAUUGAUAUUGAUCACACUCAGUACAAGUUUGGACAUACUAAAGUGUUCUUCAAAGCUGGUCUUCUUGGUGUUCUUGAGGAAAUGAGAGAUGAACGUUUGGCUCAGCUUGUUACUUGCAUUCAGUCUGUUUGCCGGGGAAAUCUGAUGAGAAAUGAGUUCAAGAAAAUGAUGGAGAGAAGGGAGUCUCUGUUUACCAUCCAAUAUAACAUCCGCUCAUUCAUGAAUGUGAAACACUGGCCAUGGAUGAAGUUGUACUUCAAGAUCAAACCUCUUCUGAUGAGCGCAGAGGCUGAGAAGGAGAUGGCCAACAUGAAGGAAGAGUUUGCCAAGUGCAAGGAAGACCUGGCCAAAUCAGAAGCCAGAAGAAAGGAGCUUGAAGAGAAAAUGGUUUCCAUUAUUCAAGAGAAGAAUGACUUGUUUAUUCAAGUUCAAGCAGAAGCAGACAACUUGACAGAUGCUGAAGAAAGGUGUGAAGGCCUCAUUAAGAGCAAAAUACAGCUUGAGGCCAAACUGAAAGAGAUAACAGAAAGACUGGAGGAUGAAGAGGAAAUGAAUGCUGAGAUGACAGCCAAGAAGAGGAAACUGGAGGAUGAGUGCUCUGAGCUCAAGAAAGAUAUUGAUGACUUAGAGCUCACCUUGGCCAAAGUGGAGAAGGAGAAGCAUGCAACUGAAAACAAGGUGAAAAACCUCACUGAAGAGAUGGGUUCACUUGAUGAGAACAUCUCUAAGCUAUCCAAGGAGAAGAAGGCUCUUCAGGAGGCUCACCAGCAGACACUUGAUGAUCUGCAAGUGGAGGAAGACAAAGUCAAUACUUUGAAUAAAGCAAAGACAAAGCUGGAGCAGCAAGUGGAUGAUCUCGAAGGUUCACUAGAACAAGAGAAGAAAAUUCGCCUUGACCUUGAGAGAGCCAAGAGAAAGUUGGAGGGUGAUCUGAAGCUGGCUCAAGAAUCGAUUAUGGACCUGGAAAACGAAAAGCAGCAGAUGGAAGAGAAACUGAAGAAGAAAGACUUUGAAGUUACACAGCUGCAAGGAAGAAUUGAAGAUGAACAAGUUCUUGGGUCUCAACUGCAGAAGAAAAUUAAGGAGUUACAGGCUCGUAUUGAAGAACUUGAAGAAGAAAUUGAGGCUGAACGUGCUGCUCGGGCCAAAGUUGAGAAGCAGAGGGCUGAUCUCUCCAGGGAACUAGAGGACAUCAGUGAAAGACUUGAAGAAGCUGGAGGAGCAACUUCUGCCCAGAUUGAGAUGAACAAGAAACGUGAAGCCGAGCUCCAGAAGCUCCGCCGUGACCUUGAAGAGGCCACUCUGCAGCAUGAAGCCACAGCAGCAGCUCUGCGCAAGAAACAUGCUGACACAGUAGCAGAUCUUGGGGAGCAGAUUGACAACCUGCAGCGAGUCAAACAGAAGCUUGAAAAGGAGAAGAGUGAGCUGAAAAUGGAAGUGGAUGAUCUUUCAAGUAACAUGGAGGCAGUUUCCAAAUCCAAAGCCAAUCUUGAAAAGUUGUGCCACUCUUUGGAGGAUCAGCUCCUGGAAGUCAAGGUCAAAGAAGAUGAAAACCACAGACUGAUCAGUGAUCUUACCGCUCAGAAAUCACGCCUCCAGACAGAAAAUGGUGAACUAUAUCGGCAGUUGGAGGAAAGGGAAUCCUUGGUAUCUCAGAUGACUAGAGUGAAGCAAGCCUUCUCUCAGCAAAUUGAAGAGCUUAAGCGGCAAAACGAAGAGGAUACAAAGGCUAAAAAUGCUUUAGCCCAUGCUUUGCAGUCAUCUCGACAUGACUGUGACCUCCUGAGAGAACAGUUUGAAGAGGAACAGGAGGCCAAGGCUGAGCUGCAGCGUUCAAUGUCCAAGGCCAACAGUGAAGUGGCUCAGUGGAGGACAAAAUAUGAGACUGAUGCCAUCCAGCGCACUGAGGAGCUUGAGGAGGCCAAGAAAAAGCUGGCCCAGCGCUUACAGGAAGCAGAGGAGGCUAUUGAAGCUACAAAUUCCAAGUGCUCUUCACUUGAGAAGACCAAGCAAAGGCUCCAGGGUGAAGUUGAGGAUCUGAUGAUGGAUGUGGAGAAAGCAAAUGCUGCUGCUGCAAUACUGGAUAAGAAGCAGAGAAACUUUGAUAAGAUCUUGGCAGAAUGGAAGCAGAAGUAUGAAGAAACCCAAGCUGAACUGGAAUCUGCUUUGAAGGAGGUUCGCUCCAUCGGCACUGAGAAUUUCAAGAUGAAGAAUGCUUAUGAAGAAUCACUGGAGCAUCUUGAAACUCUGAAACGUGAAAACAAGAACCUGCAACAGGAGAUUACAGAUCUGACUGAGCAACUUGGGGAGAAUGGUAAGAGCAUCCAUGAGCUAGAGAAGGCCAGGAAACAAGCAGAACAGGAAAGGGGAGAGAUUCAGAGUGCCCUGGAGGAAGCUGAGGCAUCUCUUGAACAUGAAGAAGGCAAAAUCCUCCGUGUGCAGUUAGAGCUCAACCAGGUGAAAUCUGAAAUUGACAGGAAGAUAGCAGAGAAAGAUGAGGAGAUUGAGCAGCUGAAGAGGAACAACCAGAGAGUUAUUGAUACUCUUCAAAGCACUUUGGAUGCUGAGGUCAGGAGCCGGAAUGAUGCCUUGAGAAUGAAGAAGAAGAUGGAGGGAGAUCUCAAUGAAAUGGAAAUCCAGCUAAGCCAUGCCAACCGCCAGGCCAGCGAAUCACAGAAACAACUGAGGAACAUUCAAGCACAGCUUAAGGAUGCCCAGCUGCACCUGGAUGAUGCCCUUAGAGGACAUGAGGACAUGAAGGAACAGGUUGCCAUGGUGGAGCGCAGGAACAACCUGAUGCAGGCUGAGAUUGAGGAAAUGAGGGCUGCCCUGGAACAGACUGAGAGAGGCCGCAAAGUGGCUGAGCAGGAACUCCUAGACUCCAGUGAACGUGUGCAGCUGCUGCACUCUCAGAACACUAGUCUGAUAAACAGCAAAAAGAAGCUGGAGAGUGAUCUCACACAGUGCCAGGGAGAGAUUGAAGAUGCAAUCCAGGAGGCCAGAAAUGCUGAGGAGAAAGCCAAGAAGGCCAUAACUGAUGCUGCCAUGAUGGCAGAGGAGCUGAAGAAGGAGCAGGACACCAGCGCUCACCUGGAGAGAAUGAAGAAGAACCUGGAGGUCACAGUGAAGGACCUGCAGCACCGUCUGGAUGAGGCUGAGCAGCUGGCAAUGAAGGGUGGAAAGAAACAGCUCCAGAAGCUGGAAACCAGGGUGCGAGAGCUGGAGAAUGAGCUUGAAGCAGAACAGAAACAUGGAGCAGAUGCCAUUAAGGGUGUGCGCAAGUACGAGCGAAGAGUCAAGGAGCUGACGUACCAGUGUGAAGAAGAUAAGAAGACUGUUGCAAGACUGCAGGAUCUUGUUGACAAGCUCCAGCUUAAGGUCAAGGCUUAUAAGAGGCAGGCUGAGGAGGCUGAGGAACAAGCGAACUCCCAUCUCUCCAAGUUCAGAAAGGUGCAGCAUGAGCUGGAAGAAGCUGAGGAGCGUGCUGACAUCGCCGAGUCCCAGGUCAACAAGCUGAGAGCCAAGAGCCGAGAUAUUGGUGCCAAGGGAAAGGAAGACUAAGAAGUGGCAUUUAUUGCUAUUUAUUGCUGAAAUCCACAAAAUGUGAAUUUCUUUGUGUUGUUUUUUCAUAUACAUACUGAUUGGAAUAAAUAAAGAACUCUUAAUGACU